GUUUCCCUGAAUCUUUUUAUUCACAAGUGGCCUUCAAAAUUCGUAAUCAGGGAGUCCUCAGUUCGCACUCUCGUUACCUGCCCAUUUUUCUCCCCGUCACCCUCUUUAGUCUUUCCUUUGGCUGUUGCUUGCGUAGCUGUUGUCUCGUCCUUAUGCAAAGUCUCUUCAUGGCCGACAAGCUUUCGAAUGAGGCUAUUCUUGAGCAGCUGAGAAAUGGGACUGCUAAAUUUGAGCUUGUUUCUUUUCCACUUCCUUCAAUUUCAGCCAUUGCUCCUGGCUGGAAGACAAGUUUCUUUGCAGACAAUAGUAGUCGGUUCUUUGCAAGGAUUGGCUCAUCGCUUGGUGGACUAUCACCUGCUAUGAAGAAGGUUGAUCGUUUCUCAGUCGUGAAGGUUACUGGGGAUGGACGGUGUCUAUUUCGUGCACUGGUCAAAGGAAUGGCUUGCAACAAGGGAAUUGCUCUUAGCCCACGUGAGGAGAGAGAAAAUGCAGAUGAAUUAAGACUGGCUGUGAGAGAAGUUAUCUGUGAAAAUAAAGGAGAACGCAAUUUAUAUGAAGAUGCCCUGGUUGCCAUUACAGUUGAUGAGUCUCUAAAGCGUUACUGCCAACGCAUUUUGCGGCCUGAUUUCUGGGGAGGAGAAUCAGAGCUUCUGGUUCUCUCAAAGCUGUGUGAGCAGCCAAUUAUUGUUUACAUACCAGAGCAUGAGCAUAGAGGGAGUGGAUUGGGAUCUGGUUUCAUUCCCAUUGCAGAGUAUGGGAGCGAGUUUAAGAAGAAAUCAAGGAACUCGAAACCAAAGAAAGUUGUGAGGCUCUUAUACAGUGGUAAGAACCACUAUGAUCUCCUCUGUUAAGGAAUGGGUGCAUGAGUCAGAUUUUAUUUUGAACUAUUUCUUUUCUAAUAUUGUAACGUAGGAUUUCAAAUGGCUUCGACCUUAACAGUAAUAGAAACACUUUGAAUUGUCA